AUGGGCAACACAUCCUCUAACCCCAACGCCGCCAACUCUCGCCUCGAUUCCCCCUCUCGCAACACCCACUCCCCCAUCCGCGGUGGUAGCCCAAAUCCCUCCCACACUUCCCACCGGGUUCACCGCUCCCUGCGUCACAAGAAAAGAUCCCUCGAGUUGCCCGAUCUGGCGUCCCUCACUCUCACUCCUGCGUCCUCCUCCCCCGCUUCCGUCUCCCCACACACAGGCAACAGGCGACCCCGCGCGUCUUCGCCGAUCCCCAUCCCUUCUGCUGCCAAUCCCCCUCCGCAGACAUUCAGGCCGCAGAACAACCUCCCCUCGGCCGCGCGUAUUGACCGCAUGAGAGAUGGCCACUCGCGGUACAAGUCAUCCCUUAGCGCGUUCAAUUCCACCCGCUCUUUCCAGUCGGUGGUGCCGGAGUCUCCCCCACGGAGUGAUAUACCCCUGAGACCCGAGUUCGUGCCGGAGGUGGUUCACAGCACCAUUCCGCUCGCACUCGUGAAGGCGGAGGAAGACUUGCACAAACCCGAGCCGGUGAAGAUCAAGAUUGUCUGGAAGCAGAGCGGGAGGAAAGUGUACCUCAUUCGGGCAGGAGACAACAACUGGCAAAGCAAACAAACCAUGGAAUUUGAUCCACAAACGGAGUCAUUCUAUACCUUUGUCAACCUACUCCCCGGCACACAUCACUUCAAAUUCAUCGUCGAUGACCAGAUUCGACUGACGAAUGACUAUCCCCGUGCCGUCGACGAUCGGGAUGGUACCCUUGCCAAUUAUGUCGCCGUUACGGCCCCGUCAGGGACAGGUUCUCCCAACCAGGCGGCAUCCGUGUCUCCAGUCACAACGACCCAUCCCUCCAACCCAAAUCACCAGAACUCCUUCUGGAGCGAUUCGAGUACGACAGCCGGCGGAACAGCAGGAAAGGGAAAGGAGGCGGAAUGGACAACGGUUAUCCCCCUCGAACUCGUCGCGGCUGCCGCAGAGGAGGAAGCGUACCUGGCACGAGCCGACUCACCAACAUCGUCCGCGAGCGGUAUCCCCGCGCCAAACAUUCCACCGGCACCCGUCCUGCCGCGGCACCUUGACAAACUCAUCCUCAACGUGCGCCCCGUUAUGGCUGGGCCUGCGCUCGGCGGUGCGCCGUCGACGAGCAGUGAACGAGACAAGCGGCGCAGCGGGCGCGAGAAGGAGCGGUCGCGACGCGAACGGGACCGGGCUCGCGAUGGAGACAGUCGCACUCGUCCCGCGAAUCUCGGCAUGACUUCCGCGGAACUGCAAGCUGCCGCGUUGGAGGAGAGCGCAGGACGCGCGAACGGUGCUCCGCCGCCGUUGAACCUUCCUGUAACGACUGCCUCAGGCACGGACCUCACGGCGGCACUCCUUCCGCUCCAGGCGUCGGGCCCACCCACACCUCCGGCGACCCAGACAAAACCGUGGGACGGCCCAGGGGUGUCGGACGAUGCAAGUGUGCUGCCCGUGCCGUCGCACGUUGUGCUGCAUCACUUGAGCACAAGCGCGAUUCGGAACGGGGUCCUCGCCGUGGCGAACACGACACGUUACAGGAAGAAGGUGAGCACGCUGUCGCCGACUCCGCCUUGGUCGCGGACGUCGUUUGAUAUAGAACGGGUUCUAACUGCUAUGCGCCUCGAGCAGUACAUUACGACGAUUUACUACAAGCCGACAUGA